UACAUUACAUUUACAUUUAUUCACUUAGCAGACGCUUUUAUCCAAAGCGACUUACAAAUGAGAAAGAUACAAGCAAAGCAACAUAUCAAGCAGAGAACAAUACAAGUAGUGCUACUGUACAAGAUCCAUUAAUUGAAUUCCAGAAGAAGCAAAGUGCAGAGUAGAGGUGUAAGUGCAUUUAAAAAAAAAUAAUAAAAUUUUAUGGGUUGGUUAGGUGUUGAUGGAAGAGGUGGGUCUUUAGCUGUUUUUUGAAGAUGGUGAGAGAUUCUGCGGUCCGGACUGAGGUUGGAAGUUCAUUCCACCACUGAGGAACAGUUAGUGUGAAGGUUCUGGAAAGGGACCUUGCGCCACGCUGAGUAGGAACUACUAGGCGUCGGUCGCUAAUUGAUCGCAGAUUGCGAGAGGGAACGUAGGCCUUCAGGAGAGAGUUGAGGUAGGGGGCGCUGUUCCUGACAAGGUCUUGUAGGUGAGCAUCAAGGCCUUGAAUUUGAUGCGGGCGGCUACAGGAAGCCAGUGGAGGAAAUGAAGAGGGGUGUGACGUGGGUUCUCUUGGGCUGGUUGAAGAUGAGGCGCGCUGCAGCAUUCUGAAUCAUCUGAAGGGGUUUGAUGGAGCUGCUGGGAGGCCUGAAAGCAGUGAGUUGCAGUAGUCCAGUUGAGAGAUAACAAGAGCCUGGACUAGUAGCUGUGUAGCCUGUUCGGUGAGGUAUAAAUACCCCAUGUACAACCGAAGAAGGACAUUUAGAAGACUAUCUGCCCACACAAACACACCAAGGACUAGGAUACGCUGCUUCAUCUUGAACCCACAACAGGAGAGGAACUGGACCUACAACAAAUCCAGCUAUGUUGCAGGCACUUCUGAUUUGGGCCGUGUUUGCCACAAGUCUCCCUCCUCCAACCAGCCAGAGUUGCUUCAAGGCGAAGGAAACUCAGUGUCGCAAUGUGGACUUUGCUCCCGGAUCUCACCUGGCAGGAGAAGGUUUUGACAUCACCACCAUGCAACGGAAAGGGGCCUUUGUCCUUGACAUGAGCUCCUGGCUCCAGAAGGACAAGUCCUGCACUCUGUGUAAAAACCGCUACAUGGGAGACCAAAAGCAGAAGCUCCCAAUUUCUGUAGUGGACUGGAGACCAAGUCAGAAGUGCAGUAUGAAAGUUUCCGGCAUGGUCUACCAGUCCAGCGAGUCCCUGGUCAGCGCCAGCACCUCCUCUAUCGAGAACAACUGGAAGUUAGGCUUGCAAAUAACCAUUCCAAAAGUCCAGGGAUCACUGAUACUGGCAGGCAGUAACUCCAAGCUGGCUGAGUAUUCAAUGGAGAAAACUAAAAAAGACAAGUUCAGCUUCACCAGCCAUGAUGUCUCAUGUGGAUACUACAGUUACAGGGUUUCCAGCCGUCCAGUCCUGCACCCAGAGCUAAAGGAUGAAUUCAGAAGCCUCCCUGCAGCAUAUGAUAAUCAUUCAAAGCACCUCUAUUACAAGCUGAUUGACAAGUUUGGUACUCAUUACAUCACAAAGGUGACUCUGGGUGGAGAGGUUCGCUCUGUGACCAGCAUCAAGGAGUGCGAGGCGUCCCUGCAGGGUCUGAGCGUGGAUGAGGUGAAGAUGUGUCUGGACGUGGAGGCUUCUGUCAGUAUGGGAACAGCUGCAAAUCUGCAGACUGAAUCUCAUCACUGCAAGCAGGCCAAGGACAAGACUCUGAAUAAAAAGAGUUUUGCUAGCAGCUUCAGUGACAGGGAAACUAACAUUAUUGGUGGACAUACUCAAAAUGUGGACCUUCUAUUCUCGUCAAAUAACGACCCAAAGGCCUAUAAGGAGUGGGUCUCAUCUCUGCCCACUCACCCAGAUGUGCUUUCCUACUCGCUUGAGCCCCUUCACGAGUUGCUGCCGACUAAGAAGCCGAACCGAGAGCAUCUGCGUAAUGCCAUCAAGGACUACAUACUCCAGAGAGGCCUGUGGAAAAAUUGCACGAGCCAAUGCAAAACCGGAGUGAAGACUGAUCCUAAGGAGCCAUGCACCUGCAGCUGCCACAACAACCCGGGUGUGGCCCUCAACUGCUGCCCCACACAGAAAGGAUUCGCUCAGAUCACUGUAACUGCAAUCAAAGCCACAGGUUUAUGGGGAGAUUACUUCAAACAGACAGAUGGCUAUGUCAAGCUCCUCCGAAAUGGUAAGAACUUCCUCGGCCAGACCUCCGUGAUCUGGAACCAAAACUGGCCAACAUGGAACUGGGAUUUCAAUCUAGGAACUGAGGACCUGACUCAGUUCAGCAGUGUGAAGUUGGAGGUGUGGGACAGGGACAGUGGCUGGGAUGACGACCUUCUCGGGGCAUGCACUGUUAAAUUGAAAUCUGGAGUGGAAGAGAACUUCUGUGCCCUCAAUCACGGAACGCUGUAUUAUAAAGUGCAGGUGAAAUGCGUUCCCGGUUUGUCUGGUACUUCGUGCUUGGAGUAUAAGCCCUCUCCCAUGGAAGCAGAGCUGCAGAAAGUGUACGUCUCCCGGCACGCUCGCCUGAUUCCCAGAGGCAUGCUGCUGCAGAUGGGAGUGCUCCUCGAUGAGCGCCUUCCCCGCUUCAACCAGAGCAACAUUCGCAAAGCUACAGGUUUUGAAUUGUAGUCCAAUUGUGUAGUUUGUGAACCUAUCGCAAAUUCAUGCCAGCUAUUAAAAUAUUUCAAGUAGAAUAAAUGCACAUUGGAUUGGCACAUUAUAACUAAAUCUUUCCUGCUCAUUUCUGCUGCCUUUUGCCCUUUUUAAAAGCUUAAUAAAAAUGCUCAUGAAACAACCCUUUUGAUGAAAUAUUCUUGAAAAAAAGUAAUA